AUGCGACCACAAUUCCUCUCACGAACGCGUCAAUUUAACGCCCCGCGCACCUUUACCACCUCCGCCCGGUUCUUCUCCGCAGAACCGCCCGCCGCCUCCUCCAUCGCAUCUUCAUUCCUCUCACGCUUCCAAACACCAGGCCCUCAAACGCGCACCCAAACACUCGACGCAAACCAAUUGCAACUCCUAACCCUCACCCUAAACCGCCCCUCCCUAUAUCCGGGCUCGCCAUCGCUCUCUAAUAAUGCGCCCCCACUCGACACCCCUGUACCCCCGGGCUACCAUCUGGUAUAUUUCACACCGGCCUUCUUAGAAGGCGAGCUAGGCGCUGAUGGCACCGAUACAUCUUAUAACCCCGAGUCACCGUUCACGAGACGUAUGUGGGCCGGUGGCGAGGUACUCUGGCCUCGGGGUGGGGACGGGAAACCGAAUUUCCUGCGCGUGGGACAGGAAGUGCGCGAGACGACGCGCGUGCUUAGCGCUGAGUCGAAGGUCGUUAAGAAGACUGGCGAGGAUAUGAUUGUUGUUGGUGUGGAGAAGCAAUUUUUUAAUGAACAUGGCGUGGCGAUUAUUGAUCGAAGGAAUUGGGUAUUUCGCAAAGCACUACCAACUCCAUCUCUCUUGACGCCUUUAAAUACCGCAACCCCUUCUACAUCCCAUCUCACAGAAGCCUCCGCCUCGAUUAUCUCUACCGAAGGCAACACACACAGCAAGACCUUCGUGCAAUCCCCUGUCACACUAUUCCGGUUCUCCGCGCUUACAUUCAACCCGCACAAAAUCCACUACUCUCUACCUUGGGCGCGGGAUGUAGAGGGGCAUCGAGAUAUUGUUGUCCACGGUCCAUUGAAUUUGAUUUCUAUCUUGGAUUUGUGGCGGGAUAUCAAGGGCGAGGGAAAGGAGAGUGGUCUCGAAGCGAUGGAGCUGGUGCCGCGGAGUAUUUCUUAUCGGGCGACUAGUCCGUUGUAUGCCGGGGAUGAGUAUAAUAUUGUGUUGGAGGAGGAUGGGAAUUUGGCCAAGGUGAACAUUCUGGGGCCUGGAGGGAAUGUUUCUAUGAAGGCGGAGAUUCAAUCUUGA